AUUCAUCAUCUCCGUCGCAGAGGAACUCAUGGAUUCCGACGCUUUUCCAGGCACCUCCCGGCCCGCCGGAGGCGGGCUCAGUGCGGCGGAGGUCUCGGCCUCCCCGGGCAAAGCGAAGUCGAAGCUUGAGGAUCCCUGGCUGGCGCUGCAGAAGCUGGAGGACAGCAGCUCGCAGGGCCGUUCCGUCGUGGUGGAAGCAGAUGCCUUUAUCAGCUCCUUUGCCACCCAGGCCGUCUCCACACCGAGCCCUGUGCAACUCCCGGCCACCAGCCCAAAAGCGGCACAGACGAAGCGAAUCCGAGAUGUUCGUAGCUGGCAGCCGCAAGUUCCGAGGUUUGACUGCUCAAGGUUGUCGGAGGAGGCCGCAACCCUUGAGAAGAGCCCUAUGCGGACGAAGCUGCGCCAAAUUCCGUUUAGGACCGCAGCAGAACACGAGGCCAGUGACAAGCUGGCCGACGUGCGCGCGUGGCAGCCGGGUUCGGUCCGGUGCGACUCAAGCACGCUGGAGGAGGCUCUCAGAGAAAGGCCAGCAACAGAGGGAGAUCCCUCGAAGCCCCGAGCGCUGCGCAGCUCCGCAGAGGGCUGCGAUGCCGACCCGCGGGGAAGCCCCGAGGCACUCGCAGCACCUUUGCCGCCGCCCAGCGCGACGCGAGAGGUACCUGAUGCAUUGCCAGCACCGUUGCCGCCAACCCGUUGA